AUUCGCGAGUCCUUCAAGAGCCCUUUCUGGGUCCAAUAUCGAGCAACGCGACACAAGCCGCAAUGGAGUCGUUAUUGAGUCUUUCCUUCGACAACAUCGCGUCGCGCGACAGCAACAAGAUCCGAAAAGGCUUGAGACAAAUAGAAGGAUUGCUCGCGCAAAUAUGUCUUUCCAAGGCUGGGUCAAGAUCACCGCACAAGAGAAAGUCAUCGGCAUUGGACGAUAAGAAGCAGGGGAGUGCGAAGCAGCUGGGAGAGCUCAAGCAAGAUCCGGCAUUCAGAGAGUUUUUCAGACUGCAAGAAGGAUUUCAAUGGAACGUGGCCUCGCGACUCGUACAGACGAUCGAAUGCCUUCUGGGCAUGGGCAACCCAUCAGAAACGGACCUCCUCAUACUCUCAGCACUCGAUCUCUUGCAAGGCAUAUUAAUGCUGCAUCCGCCAUCGAAAUGCCUGUUCAACCGCGAAUCGCACAUGAACCUGCUCCUCGACCUCCUCGACUCGAUGAACCCACCUAGAGUCCAGUCACAAGCGCUACUCGUCCUUGUCGCCGCACUCAUCGAUCAACCACGAAACACACGAACCUUCGAAUCAAUAGAUGGGCUCCUCACAGUCACCUCCCUCUUCAAGAGCCGAUCAACCACGAAAGAUGUAAAGAUGCGAUCACUCGAAUUCCUCUACUUCUACCUCAUGCCCGAGUCGCCCGUUGUACCUUUCAGCCAUACCAGCGCACCGAACACAGCAGUAAUACAAAGAGGAGUAGAGAGGUCGUUCACAGCACUAGCCGGGCACGCGAGAACACAUUCAGGGGACGCAAUGGAGAUUGAUGAAGAGCUGCAAGACAUGGAUGUGAGGUCUACGGAGGACAAGCAAAUGCUGCUCGGCCAAUACUUGAGCAACGUUGAAGAGCUGGUACAGGACCUGCAAGAGAGCGGUCCGUUCGCCGUCCCAGUGCAAUGAGCUUCCAGCAUUGACGGGCAUGUCAUUGGCGCGAGUGGAGCACAGCGAUAGGGACAGCGGGAUUGAUUGAGUGCAUCAUAUCGACGGCGUUUUGUUUCUAUUGAGCGACUGCAUGAUACCUGUUCUGUUUCUUGCAUAUGCGGAGAGUCUAGACAUUGGCGCAGGACAAACGGAUAAGGCAGGCGCAUUAAUGCCAAAAAAGUUUCGUGCGAAACUGUCAUGGGUAGUUUGGCAAAUAUCCAUUCGGUCAUAGGACCCUAGCAACUACGUACUGAACAUGGCGUUGCUAUGCUGUGUUUGAUCAAUUUUCUGGUCUACGUAGACCAUUUCUCGAUCCAAGCCGCAAUAUUGGAUCUGCUGAGCCUUGUUCACGCUUUCUUCUUGACCAAGUGUGUUCACUGCGGACGGUAUGCCACCGUGGUAAAUCCUGGAAAGAAUGCGGUUGCCUACCUAGUAGAUCUUGGAGUGUUUAAUGCUAAGCCACUGCACAACAGCACGGAACCUGGUCAGGUAGCAAGGACACGUGCCAGGUCACUUCUCCUAUGUGUUCAUGGGGUGAUUGGGCUCUAGUUGUUGCGGUGUAAGAUCAUGCAGUCCGAACAGGUGGUCCUGGAACGUGGGAUGAUGUUUCGAUGCGGCGGAGGUGUUGCGAAUCAGUCGCGCAAUCAUGUGGCGAGUGGUAGCCAAAGGAAUGUGGUCGCUUUCGUAGGCCCCCAGGGCGCAGUUGCACACGGUCCUCGCCGAUGUCUGAAGACAGCUGCGCACGAUACUCACCGCCGGCGGUGCACUGGGCGUACGUCGUGGUGUUCGGUAUAUUGUGGGAGGCAUCGGGAGUCCGCGGAAGUUCGCGGUGUUUGCGAUGGCAAUCGACGUGACGGCGGCGGCGUUGACAGCC